GUCAAGCUUGAUCUACUCCUCGGUGGCACGCAUGAAAUAAAGCGAUCGACAUAAUAUGACCGAUUACGCAGCUUUCGCUGCGGAUGACUUCGACCCAAACGAAUACGCCAAUGCCAUCCUCGCAGGCGAACCCUACCCGCCACCACCACAAACAGCCACUCGAUCCAGUUCAAGGCCUCCACCACAACCUAAAGGUGCCUUUGAGCCCGCCAAGGAAGACAUCUCGGUCGCUAUUGCUCGUCUGGACUACAGCAUAGAGGACGUGUCUAAGCAGAUCCGAAAUGUUGUUACGAAUCACCACGAGACUUUACUAGAGCAAGCUGGGACUGUCAGCCAACUGUCGGGCUCCCUCGGCAGCGUCCGCUCGGGCCUCCACGACCUUGAGGCGUCUGUCGAAAAGCUACGGCUGAAGAUACGUGUUCCCUACCAGUCUCUCCAAGAUCACGUCUCGCGUCUACAGCGCAUACAACAAACAUCUGAUGCCCUUCGACGCGCCUCGCGUUUUGUUGUCCUCGCCAAACGCCUCGAGGUACAACUCACGGAGUUGAAUAAGGAAGACCGCGGUACAUCGAACACCAUUGUCAGUCCGGGUGGAGCCCCGAAGGCGCUACUACUAGACACAGCAGCUUCUACGGAUGGGUCGGGAGCAUUGGAUAGCACGAAUGAGAAGGAGAUAGCACUUGCGAAGGCAGCGCUGAGUAUUGCGGAACUUAGUGCGCUCUUGGAUAGCCCGAACAAUGACGGCGCUACUGCAGCCUCGACGUCAGAACCACCAGACAUCCCGGAUCCCCAUGUCGAAAUACCCCUUACCUCUAUCACCUCCAUCGCUGAACACACACCCCUCGUCGACUAUGCACGUGCCCAGGUCAUAGAAACGAUGGACGCGAUGAUUACCAACGGCCUUACCACCCUUAAUCAAUCCGUGCUCGCUUCCGCUCUUCAAACCGCAUACAACCUGCGCGUUCUACCUAAGCUUGUGCAAGAAGCUGUCGCUGACCUAUCAAACGCUGUCGAGGAACGUAUUCGGACCACGUUUGACCUCGCGCGUAUACAGAAGGAUCUUGGGGUGAAGGACACGAGUGCCGCGUCACAAGCUCAGGGUCUGCUAUAUCGCUCACGUAUACGAACGGAGCCAACGAACAUCACUGCACCGCAGUUUGCCGCAGCGCUAUGGAGUCGUCUGGAGCGGAUGGCGGAGGAGAUGACCGGGUGUUGUAUCAAGGUGUACACACUCGAGAAGGUGUUGAAGCUCAAGAAGGAUGCACAGACGCAGGUGUCGUUCUUGGACGAGGCUAUGAAGGUUCUGGAGAACAAACCAAGUACGGCGUUCUGGAUGUCACUUGGGCGAUCCUUAGAAAAGUACGCUCGCGAUGCUGCGAGAGGGUCAACCUUCCUCCAGCAAACCCUAAGCGGUGGCUACCCUAAGCUACUUCGACUAUUCCAUGAAUUUUUCUCCAGGAUCGCAGUCCAUACCGACACAGUCUACUCGCCUACUUAUCAAAGUCCAGAAACCGUGCUCGUUUUGCGCGCUCUUUCGAACUUCGAGUCGCUGUACCUCUCACGUUCAACGGGUCGGGUGAAUGAGGCUGUUGGGACUGCUCUCGCGGGCGGGUUGAGGAGCCCGCCGGGCGCGAAUGAGGGCAUCGCUGUCGCACGCGCGAUCACGAAUGAACUCGACAGCGCGCGGUUUGACCCACUGUUGCUCGCGAGCGUUGCAAAAGGGGUGGUAACGAGCGUUGAGAUGCUGAUCACGAGGGUGGAUGCUCUGGUUGUGUCAGAUAGAUCGGCGAUAUCGCUACUUGGACCAAUGGCGACGCCGCAGCAAAUACAGAACGGAUAUGUUGGGACUUUCCUCUGGCACAUCUGGUCGCGACUCGACAAACUUCCUGGAGAGUACCCGAGUGUUGCGGACGUCAUUUCACCAUCUAUCAAGAACGUACAUAGCGCGUUUGAGCGUAUCCUGAAGCCUCUUGACACCGCAGUCCGCCGAGAGCUCGCCGCGAUUGUGUCGCGAAUACAUCGCGUUGACCUACAGAAAGCCUCCAAUCCUCUCGCCGGAGGAACAGCUCCAAGUUUAUAUAUGAAGGACUUGAGCGACAAGCUCUCAUACGUCAAGCUUGAGAUCCUUAGUGCGUUCCCGCCUGAGUCGAUAAGAUCGCUGGUUGAAGGCAUUGUUCAGUUUGUGAUUCGCACCUUCGUCCUGCACGCCAGCAUCGCCCGGCCUUUGGGCGAGAGCGGCAAGCUCCAGCUCACGACGGACAUGACCGAACUCGAAUUCUCCCUAUCCGCCUUCCUAGUCUCCAACCCUAAAAACAGACGGGGAAGCGCCCUACAGGGAAUAGGCGGCACCAGCGGCAAGGACAACAGACAAUGGUACCUCGUCCUACGUGCCAUGCGCCCAUUGCUCUUCCUCGACAACGCUACGCUUGCAGACCCGCUCAGAACGGAUAGAGAAAGGGGUGAUGGGCUGCCGCCGCUGAUUGUACUGCACCAUAUUCUUGUGCGAUCGCCAGUGCCGCUCCCGCAUGCGCUUCACGGGUGGCAAGAAGCGGAAUAUGUUCGCUGGGUGGACGAGCAUACGGACGCAGACGCGUGGGCGCUUGUUGAUGGUGGGUUGGCACACUGGGAGAAGAUACGCGAGGCCGAGGGCGCUGAAAUGGAUGCAAAGGAGCGAGAGGAGGCAGACGAGUAUGUGAGGUUGGCCAGGGCUGUUUUGAAGAACGCGAGGGAGCAGGAGCAGGAGAGCUGAUGUUUAAUCUCGAAGUGAUUAUUUAUGAUCUACGAGCCUUGGUCCUGGGCCCUAGUGCUGAAGAUAGUAUUUGGGUAACUUCAACCUCAUCACGGAGUGAUGAGCAAGAGUUCAAUUCGUUUCCAAAUGGC